AACGUUUAAAAUCAUAAUUUCAAAAAAUUUCUAUGUUUCUGAUUUCAUCUCUGACUUACCGAAUUCCAAGUAAUUAUGAAAAAAUAGUUUUAGGUAUUUAUUAAUGAGUGGAUGUGCGUUUUGACGUAUUGUUAAUAAGUGAUUAGUAACUAAGUGUCUAUACUUAAUAAUGAACAAGGGAUUACAACGAAUAAUGUCAACUCCUAAGAACGAUAAGAGAACCAAACCAGAAGAUAUGGAAACAAUUUCUGAUAUUGAAAUAAUACGAAGCCUUUUAUAUUGUUUUCAAGGAGUUAAUAGCCAUUGGAUAGAAUUCAAUCAAAAUGAAAAACAAUUUAUAGUUACAGCACAAUUAGACUUUUACCAAACCAGCAAAGUGAAUCGGCUAAUGGAACUUGGAUAUUUACAUAACAUAGUGCAAGAGUAUAUUGAAAACAACAGUGACAACAAAAAUGGCUCCGUAGCUUCAGGAAUUGCACAUUGUUUGCACGAAGAACUAUGUAUUUAUUAUGACAGUAUUAACAAGUUGCAAAAAGAGGUUAAUGAAGCAUAUGAAAAAUCCAGACAAUAUUCUCUUGGGAAUUUAUUGUGUUGGUCUGUACUUUGGCUAGGGCAAUUACAAGACUUAGCAUACACAGUAAAAAUGAUUGAUGGUGCUAAACGUGGUGGUGAACUAGUAUCUGUGAUUGCUCCAUUCGCAUACUGUGCAAAUCCCUAUUUACAACAAAUGGCUACAAAUAUGAUUAAAGUUGCAACUAGACCAUUAAUGAUGAUUAUGUGCCAUUGGAUGGUUGAUGGGGAACUUUUAGAUAAUUAUGAAGAGUUUUUUAUCUGUCAAUGUCCGGACAUUAAUAAUUUUGAUAUGUGGAACAAUCGAUACACAAUUCGGGAGUCUAUGGUCCCAUCAUUUUUUACAAAAGAAGAUGUAAAUAGAACUUUUCGUACUGGAAGGUAUAUAAAUUUUCUGCAUACAAUAUGCAAGAGUAAACCUAAUUUAACGCCAUCUAGGAAAACUCUUAUGGAUCUUAGAAAUUCUGGGGAUAAAGAUUUGUUUCCAAUGUUAGAACAAGGUAGCAUCAUUUCUGAUAUGAUUAACAAGGCUUGUACUGAAUCUUCUACUGUAGUACUGGAUACUUUAAAAGAACAGUUUCAGUUAUUUUUACACUUUGAGGGACUUAGACGUUACAUGCUCUUAGGACAAGGAGACUUUGUUACGAGCUUACUAGAAAUUCUUCAGCCUCAUUUAGAUAAAUCUUCAGGUACACUUGGUCAUCAUACCUUUAGAAAUUUUUUGGACACUGCUAUAAGAAUGAGCAAUGCUCAGUAUGAUAAGCCUACAAUACUAAAAACGCUUGAUGUAAAGUUAUUACUCACAUCUGGAGAAGAUUGUGGAUGGGAUAUAUUUCAAUUGGAUUAUUCAACUGGUGGUCCGUUGGAAACGAUUUUUGAGUUCAUCGGAAGUGGAAGGUAUUCAAUUAUGUUUGUGUUCUUAUGGCGUCUAAAAAGAAUAGAUUUCGUGUUGUCACAAAUGUGGAGAGAAUUGAAUCUACAAAUUAAAACUUCAUACCACAUAGUUCCAGAAAUACGGUAUGCCCUGAAGUUGACCAACAACCUGGUGGCGGAAAUGGUACACACCGUACGGCAAAUACAGUUUUAUGUUCUGUCUGACGUCAUAGAAACCGAAUGGGAACACUUUCGAGAGGCCAUUGACAAAGCAUCAUUGCUGGAGACGGUGAUUGAUGCGCACAACCAGUUCCUGAAAAACAUCUUCAAACGAUCCGUACAAACCGAAGAAACUCAUGAUUUAUCAAAGAAAAUGCGCCAGUUAUUCGAGUCUGUGUUGGAACUCCGAGGCAUUCAAGAAAGGUUCCACAGCCAGUCUGAGCAUGAACUGAAUAGGCGUAAAGACCUAGAAAAAUAUAUUGAAGAGCACGGUACAAACAAUAAAAUAGAAAAAGAUGACUUGGAAACAAAAGAGGCGUUUUUGUUAGAAGUUGACAGAUAUGAAAACAUCAUCAAAGAGAUCAGUAAUUCAUAUAAGAUUGAUUUGGUGAAAUUUUUGAAAAAACUCAUUAAAGUUUCGACCGAUGAUCAGGAUGCUUUACACUCAUUGGCCAACCGUAUCAAUUUCAACAAGUACUACAGUAAAAACGAUCAAGAUUUAGAAAAAUGUGCCACCUAUAUAUGCAGAUCUCACAAAUAGUCAUUAAAAAUCUGUAUACCAUUACACCACAUGUCUAACAUAUGUUUCUUUUGAUUGUAUUAAAAUUAACAACUUAUGUAACAUUAAACUUAAGUAAUUUAAGUUUGUAUUUAACAUUUAAUUAUUAUUGCAUUAGUUUAUAGGAAAUAAUAAAAAUGUAAGUCAGUUUCGGAUUUUUGGAUAAUUUUUCUUCUAGGUUAUC